AAUGCUAAUAAAGCAAAAGAACAAAUUACUAAAGAGACAUUUAAAAUUUUAGGACAGCUCUUUGUGGCCUACCAUGUUGAAACUAUUUUUGGCCUUACCCUUUUGCAUAACCACUUCAUGCUUGAAGAAGGAGAAAUUCUACUUGAAACUGGUUCAUUAAAUAAUUAUCAACAAAAAGUUAUUAGUGAGCCAGUUAAGAUCGAUGAAAUGAAUUCUUCUGUUCAAGGAUUUAAUUGA